AUGGAGAUAGUGCCGGAGUUAGUGGCCGAUUCCAAACUGGACACUAUCUUCAAGAAAGGUUUCACCAUCCAUCAUGUUCGGACGCCGGAUACGACUCCUCUUCUCGGGAAGAAUAACAAGAAGGAGAAGUGGGAGCAGACCGAACAACUCGGCCAGGGAUCGUUCGGUACCGUUUGGCUGCAGAAGCUGGUAGGGGCCGGCGGCGACAGUGACUCAAAGAGACGAGCCGUCAAGAUCAUCAAGAAGGGGCCUAAAGUCGACUACAAGCCUGAACUGCAUGCGAUAGCGAAGUUCUCUCAGGAGAAGUUCAGUUCAUCGUUCGUCAAGUCGCUUGGAUGGUACGAUGAUGACGAACAUGUAUACAUCCCGAUGGAAUAUUUUCCUCAUGGCGAUCUAGGCCGCUAUCUUGACAAGUUCGGCCCGCUACCAGAGCACGAAGCCCAAUGCAUCGCCCAUCAAAUACUCGUCGGACUCAAGAGUAUGCACGACAAUGAGUUCGCUCAUCGUGAUCUGAAGCCACAAAAUGUGCUAAUCAAAGAGUGCGGCCCUAACUGGUGGGUCAAGCUCGGCGAUUUUGGAGUCAGCAAACGUAUGCAAGACGCCGCGUCGCUUAAAACAUAUACUGGCACGGAAGGCUACAUGGCACCCGAAAUUCUGAUAAGAAAAGGUUGGGUCAGCUGUGAGGAUCUCCUUGGACGCAAAUCGUACACCAAUGCCGUGGAUAUAUGGGCUUUGGGCGCACUAGUUUUCCAGACUCUCACUGGCAGCGAGCCUUUUGAAAAGGAUUUGGGAUCGUACGUUGAGGGCAAAACGCCUUUUCCUUAUCACAUGUUGCAAGCGCAAAGCAUUUCACGGAAAGGAUGCGAUUUACUUGAGAGACUGUUGCAAGUCAUUCCUGAGAAUCGUCCCAAAGCAGACGAAGCUCUUGAAGAUCCCUGGCUCAAAGCACAAAAGGCUAGAGAGUCGAUCGAAUCAUUGAGGCCGGCCUCUAUACUGUCUGAGAAAGACCAGAACAGGACCAGUUAUCUCUUCAACAGAGCACAGCAGACAUUAUCUAAUGCCGCGACUACGGCAUCUCUGGCCUGGGGUGAUGCGGAGCGUUCUACUAUAAUGAUAAAAGCCUUCGACUCUGUCAAAACCUCGGCCAAAGAAAGGCUUUCCACAUUCUCACGGCGCAAUGUCGAGGCUACAGAUCUAGACUCACACGGAAAUGCUCUUGGUCUUACGACACUAGUAGAACGACCGUCACCACUUGCCAACGACUCAUCUGCUUUCGACCUACCGACUGACCGCACGGUACAGAAGGCGUCUUCACAGUCGCAGGAAUCACUCGGUGGGUCGACAUUGAACCAGAUCAAUAGCUCAACACUCGCAGCAACAGUGGAAAGUGUGAAGAGUCACAGAAGUUCGGAAGAAGAGCGCCGAUCCGGCAGCACUACACCACCAUAUGCGACGAGAUCAGCAACACUACGCUCUGAUCUAGGCAGUACAGACUCUCUACAAGAGACUGAAGAGUAUUUUGACAGGCCGAUAACAGCCGAUGACUUUACCCUUUCACCUGGUACAACCCUAUCAGAGGCAUCACCGUCACAGUCAAUAUCGGACACGUCCCCAAGGGCGCCUAGCGGCCAUUGGACGAGGGCGAUGCCAUUCUCUCAGAUGUCCCUAGACAGUGCCAGUGCCAGCCCCAUGAGUCCGGCGUGGUCAAAAGAUUCUUCCAUCGUUCGUGAGAAAGGCUGCACGAUCAGGCCUCUCGAACUGCCAAGCGACCUUAUGCAUACUCUGGAGCCCGAUGCAUAG